GAGCAUGUCCCCUCCCGGUCACCGUAUCAGACGGGCGCUUGGUCAGCCCAUGUGAGUGCCCAUAGUGAAUGUGUUCAGGAGACUGUUAAAUGGGGCAAUGGGGUGGAAAUGCCAUUUUCAAACAUUGCCAACUCUACCAGUACCCCCCCAUACACACCCCUGUCGCACCAUCCUGCCUCCGGUUAUGCUUGGAAUCCUGCACGCUCUGAAAAGUAUAAACAACCAGGGUGAAAGAAAAAGGGGGUGUGUUAGGUGACUGGAUGGGCCGACUGUCAGAAUGCCAAACCCACUUUUUUUGAAAAACAUAAACACGGGCAUCACGGAUUAACAAGCCAAACGGAUGUGCAAUCAGGGGUGAUUUGCACCCGCCGGGACAAGACAAUGAGUGUACCCGGAUAACAGUUCUAUUUCUAUAAAACUGUUUAUUAGUUGCUUUUGUCAGAAGGCAGUAAAAGCACUGAUCCUGUAUGCAUACAACAGAAAUGGCAUACAAAAUGAACACAAUUACUAUUUAUAUUUUGUGUAAAAAAGGUAUAGAUAGGUAUCGUAUAGGUAUAUGAAAACGUUUUAGUUAACAGAUUUUGCCCCCCAUUGACUACCAUUGGAAAAAUUACUUUAUCAAAAUUACUUUACUUUACUUUCAAAUAUCUUUCUCUGUGUUCAUCAGAACAAAGAAAUUUAUACAGAUUUGGAACAACUCGAAGUGCCAGCUCUGAUUCUGGCUGCCACUAUGCCUCUUCUGGCAGAAAGUUCCCUGCCGAGGGACUGUGCUCGAACUGUGCCAGUAGUCAUCAUUGGGAACGGCCCUUCAGGUAUCUGCUUGUCAUACCUUCUGAGCGGGUAUACUCCGUAUUUAGAUCCCGUGGCUGCGCACCCAAACACCAUCCUGUUUCGUAAACUACAGGAAUCCAAACAGGUUCCUAUAACUGAACAGGAUUUGGAGUAUCUCUGUGAGGGAUUAGAAGGGCGUUCGGGGAACCCUGUGGCAGUGCUCUUUGACACCCUCCUUCAUCCGAAUGCAGAUUUGGGCUUUGAGUUUCCAUCUUUACUGCAGUGGAGGCUGGAAAAGAAACGGCACAUUCCUCAUUUGGUCUUGGGCAAGGCCACACCUGGUGGUGCCUGGCACACAAUGGAGGGUUCAAUGCUUACAAUUAGUCUUGGUAUAUGGAUGGAGUUACCAGGAGUCAACUACAGAGAUUUGACCUUAGGCAAGAGAAGGGGGGCAUCCAAUGACAGAGCCACUCCAGAAGAGAUCUCUUCCUACUACAAAAAUUACGUCAAGCUCAUGAGCCUCCAGAAGAACUUUGUCGACAACACUUACGUCACCUCUGUUCAGAAACUCCACCGCAGUCAUGAAAACAGUCUUGGGAAUGAAAAAGGCACUAUAAGUGAUCAGGUGUAUAGUGUGAAAAAUGGCUUUGAUUACUGCAACAAGAACGGGACUGAGAAUGGUCAAACUGGAAUAAGAAAUGGGUCAAUGAAUGAGAUCCGAAACAGAACGGAAAAUACCGGUAUGGGUGAGAUUGAGGAGGAAAAGGGUGAAAAUAGGGGAGGAAAAGAGGUGAGAGAGAGUUUUGGGGUUUCCCAGGGGCUUUCACAGGGACUCUGGGAGGUCAGGGGCUACCAGCAGUUCCAGGGGGCCACGAAUGUCCCGUUUAGUUUAUUCGCAGAGAAUGUCGUGCUAGCUACAGGGGCAUCUGACUCACCAGCUCGAUUGGUAGUGGAAGGCGAGGAUCUCCCUUACGUGUUUCACAACGUGCGUGACCUUGGAGUGGCUGUCAGCUGCAAUCUGGGACCUUCCUCUGACCCCGUGCUGGUAGUGGGGGCGGGGCUUAGCGCUGCAGACGCAGUGCUGUGUGCUCUGAACCACGGGGUCCCCGUGUUGCAUGCCUUCCGUAAGCGUGCCGAUGACCCAGGUCUCAUAUUCAAGCAGUUGCCAAAGACACUUUACCCAGAAUAUCACAGGGUCUACCACAUGAUGUGUUCCCAAGCUUACCAAUCAACCCCUGCUGGCAACACCACAACCCCCAGCCCAUCUCUCUUCCCAGACUACACCAGCUUCCCCGAGCACUGUGUGCUCUCCUUCCAGCCUGACAUGCACUGCGUGAUGAAGGGAUCCAGCGGCGUUCUCAAAGCUCUGAAAGUCUCGAUGGUGCUAGUUCUCAUCGGGUCCUAUCCCAACCUGUUUUUCCUGAAGGAAAAAGGGCAGUACCUUGGCUUGGAUCCUAGCAGGCCCAUUUCCUACAAACAAAAUCCCAUUGACAUAAAUCCAUACACCUUUGAGUGCAACGCCGAGCCUGGGCUCUUUGCCAUGGGUCCCCUUAUUGGUGACAAUUUUGUGCGCUUCUUGAAGGGUGGUGCUCUUGGUAUUGCUAGCUGUCUGCUUAGGAGACUUAAGCAGAUGAAUAAGAAUAGGUUGAUCGGAGAGGAAGGAGGGCGUGGAAGAGAAGGCAGCAGAGGAGCAGGAGGAUUUGUUUAGG